UUUUUUUGCAGAUCCGCUUCAAGCCGUAUGCUUUUAAGCGUCUACGUGAUGACGCAACAAUAUUGGUUGACGACGAUCCGUCAGGCAAUACGUUCGUCCUGAUGGGACUUCAAAAAUUGACAAAUUUGAUGCAGCAGAAUCCGGUUGGUCAACGUAACCCAUACGAAGUCCAACAGCCAACCCCACAGAAUCUGUUGGAUUGGUUGAUCCCGCCUAUCCAGCUGACUGCCCCAAACCCGCCGUCGCAAUCACUGCCGCAGCUGUUCGUCCCUACACAGUCGUUUGUGUCAAGCCUGGGUAAUGAUUGGGUGCUCCAACACCAUCCCGCGCCGUACGCAAUGCCAGCGCCAGCACUGGCCCAAAACGGGGUGGGCCUACAGUGGUCAACUGGCCAACUUCGGCAGCUCUCGCACAUCUAUGGGACUCAACAACAGCAGCAGAUUGUUGCUCCCCAGCAACCCACUGCGAACCUUCCGCCAGCUGUAGGAAGCGUGGCUCACCCGACGGUUGCGGGGCAGCAACCUGCAUGGAACCCUCCGCCAGCUGCAGUUGUGGGACAGCAACUCGCAGAGAACCCUGCGCCAGCUGUAGGAAGCGUAGCUCCCCCGCCGGUUGCGGAGCAGCAAACUGCAGGGAACUCUCUGUCAGCUGCUCGAAGCGUAAAUUCCCAGCAGCUCGCCGGACGACAACCUUCAAGGAACCCUCUGCCAACUGCAGAAAGCAUGCCACAUCAGCGAGGCAUGACUCAACAGCCUACACACGGCCACCCGGCACAACCUGCAGCCCAGGGACUGCGCCAUCCAAGUGGCGCGGGUAUGUCGGUAGUACAGCAGCAUCAGCCGAACAUGUCCCGACCACCACCUCCUUUGCCGACAUAUGCAGAAAACGAUUCUCGAAACUCCGUGGGCCCACAUUACCAAUCAAGAUCUCGAUCACAUUCGCGUCAACGUGGGUAUAACCAGUCAGAACGAUCCAGAUCCCAUUCGCGCCAACGUGGUUAUAACCACCCAGAUCGAUGGGCUCCGAACAACACGCGGCAGGGCCAGGGUCCAUCUCGCGAUCAGCAGCAGUGGCCUUCAUUUUCCGGCCGUACCGGAUUAAUCCCAUCCCAUGCCCAGCAGCAUCAACAACAGCCUCUGAGGCAUCAACAGCCGCUGCAACAACAACAGCAGCGGCAGCAUCAACAGCAGCAGCAUCAACAGCAGCCGCUGCAGCAGCAGCAUCAGCAGCAACAGCAGCAGCAGCAACAGCAGCAGCAGCAUCAACAGCAGCCGCUGCAGCAGCAGCAUCAGCAGCAGCCGCUGCAGCAGCAGCAUCAGCAGCAACAGCAGCAUCAACGGCAACAGCAGCCGCAGCAGCAGUUGCAGCAUCAGCAGCGGCUGCAGUAUCAGCAGCAGCUGCAGUAUCAGCAGCAGCUGCAGUAUCAGUAUCAGCAGCAAAUGCAUCAGCAGCAGAUGCAGCAUCUACAGCAACACCCUCUGAGGCAUCAGCAGCCGCUGCAGCAGCAUCAACAGCAACAGCUGCUGCAGCAUCAACAGCAACAGCUGCUGCAGCAUCAACAGCAACAGCAGCUGCAGCAGCAAAAGCAGUUGGCUUCGACGUCCGGCGGAACCGGAGCGGGCCCGUCUGAUGGUUUGCAACAGUCGUCAUCAUCCCGGGUUUACCAGCAGCAGCAGAGAAUUGCUCAGGUGCCUUCAACGUCUGGAAUGAUCGCUGUGGACCCAUCUGUUGCUCUGCAUCCGCAGCAGUUGCCCUCAACGUCCGGCGGAACCGGAGCAGGCCCCUCUGGAGCACUGCAGCAGCCGUCGGAAUCCCGUAUUCAACAGGUGCCCUCGACGCCCGGAACACCAGCAGCGAGCUCAUCUAAUGCUCUGCAGCAGCAGCAAGUGCCCGGUACUUCCGGAGCGACCACGUCUGGAACGACUGCUGUGGGCCCAUCUGUUGCUCUGCAUCCGCAGCAGUUGCCCUCAACGUCCGGCGGAACCGGAGCAGGCCCAUCUGGAGCACUGCAGCAGCCGUUGGAAUCCCGUAUUCAACAGGUGCCCUCGACGCCCGGAACACCAGCAGCGAGCUCAUCUAAUGCUCUGCAGCAGCAGCAAGUGCCCGGUACUUCCGGAGCGACCACGUCUGGAACGACUGCUGUGGGCCCAUCUGUUGCUCUGCAUCCGCAGCAGUUGCCCUCAACGUCCGGCGGAACCGGAGCAGGCCCAUCUGGAGCACUACAGCAGCCGUCGGAAUCCCGUAUUCAACAGGUGCCCUCGACGCCCGGAACACCAGCAGCGAGCUCAUCUAAUGCUCUGCAGCAGCAGCAAGUGCCCGGUACUUCCGGAGCGACCACGUCUGGAACGACUGCUGUGGGCCCAUCUGUUGCUCUGCAUCCGCAGCAGUUGCCCUCAACGUCCGGCGGAACCGGAGCAGGCCCAUCUGGAGCACUGCAGCAGCCGUCGGAAUCCCGUAUUCAACAGGUGCCCUCGACGCCCGGAACACCAGCAGCGAGCUCAUCUAAUGCUCUGCAGCAGCAGCAAGUGCCCGGUACUUCCGGAGCGACCACGUCUGGAACGACUGCUGUGGGCCCAUCUGUUGCUCUGCAUCCGCAGCAGUUGCCCUCAACGUCCGGCGGAACCGGAGCAGGCCCAUCUGGAGCACUACAGCAGCCGUCGGAAUCCCAUAUUCAACAGGUGCCCUCGACGUCCGGAGCGACCACAGUGGGCCCAUUGGAAGCCCUGCAUCAGCCGACGUCCACCCGUGUUCUACAGCAGCAGCAGCAUCAACAGCAACAGCAGCCGCUGCAACAGCAGCAGAUGCAGCAUCGACAGCAACAGCCGCUGCAACAUCAACAACGCCCUCUGAGGCAUCAACAGCAUCAACAGCAUCAGCAGCCGCGUCAACAGCAACAGCCGGUGCAGCAGCAGCAUCAACAGCAGUUGCCUUCGACGCCCGGCGGAACUGGAGCGGGCCCGUCUGUUGCUUUGCAACAGUCUUCAUCAUCCCGGGUUCAGCAGCAGCAGCAGGUAGUGCGCCCAUCCCGUGUUCAGCAGCAGCAGUUGCCCUCGCUGCCCGCUCAACCGGGCUCAUCGGGAUACCAGAACCGUGGAGGGCCUUCACGUGGUCUCUCGAAAUAUCAGUCGAAAAAACUCAACAACUCCCAACCACCUCCCCCCGGAACGUAA